AUGCGCGGUAGACGACACUACAAUAAGUCGUAUGAGGCGAUCUCAGAGUUUGCUUCUAGCACAGAUUCUGUGUCACUCAGCCCUGUAACCCGUUUACAGACAUGGCUAAAGCGAUACCUCACCACACCUGCCGCGUUUGGUGACCGCUGUUCUCGGCCUUAUGGCUGGUGCACCAUACCACCACGGAUUCAAUCGCUUACCAUCUUCUUCUUCGUCGCACUCAACAUCGCCCUCUGUACUUUCUCCUACCGUCUUACCGAAGGCAACCUCUACUGGCCAGAGAAGUCAGCACAACUUCUCCGCUAUGUAUCGGAUCGUACCGGGAUCGUUUCGCUGGCAAACUUCCCUCUUGUCUGGCUUUUUGGCAUGCGAAACGAUGUUUUAAUCUGGAUAACUGGAUGGGGAUUCGGCACAUACAACGCUUUCCAUCGAUGGGUUGCUAGGGUCGCCACGGUACAAGCUGUGGUGCACAGUCUGGGCUAUACGCUGAUGAUACUGGAGAGCGGAGGAUGGUCACACUUUCUCAAGUACUGGACGAAACACUAUUUCUGGAAUGGCGAACUAGCGACCAUCGCUAUGUGUGGCCUUUUAGCGUUUUCGUUCUAUGGUAUUCGCCGUGCGCACUACGAGUUCUUUCUCGUCACGCACAUAGCGUUGUCCAUUGCCGCACUCUGGUCCAUGUACUACCAUGUCGAGAUCUUUACUAACGGCGAGUGGAACAUAUUUAUUUGGCCAUGUGUCGUUGUCUGGAUCUUCGAUCGCGUCAUGCGCCUCGUUCGGAUCGUAGUAUUCAACCGCAAUCCUUUCGGUACCAAGGCUAGGGUCACUUAUGACCCUAAUAGUAACCUUGUCCGAAUGGAUGUUGACGGGAAGAAGAGCUUGGUCGCGCCGAAGCCUGGUACAUAUUACUAUAUCCACGUAUUGGAUGACAUGUUGUAUGCCCACCAGAGCCAUCCUUUCACGUUGGCAUACACCUCGACAGAUACCGAUCAGCCUCCGUCUACGCCUUUGUCGCCACUUUCGCUCAGACCCGAACCCUUACGCACGUCAUCAGCCUCAUCCACCGAGUCUGAUGCGCUCCUGCCGUCUGAAGGCGUACUGAACAUGGUGUUCCUUAUCCGACCAUACGACGGUUUCACAUCCCGUUUAAAAUCACACUGUCUUUUGCAUCCCAAAAGACUCAAUGUCCUCAUCGAAGGACCCUAUGGACAUACUGUCCCUCUCCGAAGUUUCACUAACAUCCUGUUCAUAGUUGGUGGGACUGGUAUCGCAGUGCCGCUGUCACAUUUGGCUCAUGUACUCUCCACUUCCUCACGUGUUCAGAGUGUGAAGAUUGUUUGGGCGGUCCGCGAGUAUGCAUUCCUCGCGUCAGUACUGCGUGACUUCAGAGGGCUGUUAAGCGAUGAGAGAAUGGAGAUGGAAGUACAUGUCACUCGCGAUGACGAAGCAAAGGACGACGUCUUAGGCGAGGCGUUAAAGAGUGUGAGGUUGAUGGCGCACAGGCCCAACGUACAUGACACGAUAGUGGAAGCUGCAAGAGAUGCGGGGCAACAACCGCUGGCGAUUGUGGCCUGCGGACCAGCUUUGAUGGCUGAUCAGGCCAGAAGAGCAAGUGUACAGAUGCUGGGUAAGGGACAUAGGGGUGUUGAGUACUUUGAAGAAAGCUUUAAAUGGUAA